GUGUCCUGAAGGUUCUCGGGCUCCGCGCGGUGAGUUGCUCGCGUCGGAGGAAGUAGUCAGCGCCGGGUCAGAACCCGCAGCCAGUGUGGGGGUGACUUCGGGAAGCGCCCGAGGAUCCUGAGGAGGAGGGAAGAAUUGUUGCAUAUUUUGAAGUCAAGGAUCAGGCUCUGACUUUUCUGGAUUCUGUGCUUCACCAAUAGAGGAACCCCAUGGAUUAUUAAUUAGUUCUUGCAGUUCUAGAACCAUGACUGAUGUUAAGGUGCUGAUUGGCUGGCAUCUAGGAAAGAAGCCAGUCAGGAUACAAUGCCCUUAGACAGCUGGAUGGUCACGCAAGAGAACAAUUUCAGUUGCUUGUGCCUUCUCUGGAAGAGCUUUGGUGUUUACCUAGGACAUAUCCAUGGGCUUGGUGACUUUCAGGGAUGUGGCCAUCGACUUCUCUCAGGAGGAGUGGGAGUGCCUGGACCCUGCUCAGAGGGACUUGUACGUGGAUGUGAUGUUGGAGAACUAUAGUAACUUGGUCUCAUUGGAUUUGGAGUCAACAUAUGCAACCAAAAAUAAAAUUUCAGAAAAAGACAUUUUUGAAAUACAUUUUUCCCAAUGGGAGAGGACGGAAAGAAGUAAAACUCUUGGCCUUGAGGCAUUCAUUUUCAAAAAUAAUUCUAAGUGCAAAAGCAAAUUGGAGGGACUACAGGGACAUCAAGAGGCAUACUUUAGUCAAAUGAUAAUUAGCUAUGAAAAAAUGCCCACUUACAGAAAAAGCAAAUCUUUUAGUGCACAUCAAAGAAUUCAUAAUAGAGAGAAACGCUAUAUUUGUAAGGAAUGUGGGAAGGCUUGUAGUCAUGGGUCAAAACUUGUGCAACAUGAGAGAACUCAUACGACUGAAAAGCACUUUGAAUGUAGUGAAUGUGGGAAGGACUUUUUUAGUGCCUAUCAACUUACUGUGCAUCAGAGAUUUCAUACUGGUGAGAAACCCUAUGAAUGUAAGGAAUGUGGGAAGACCUUUAGUUGGGGAUCUAGUCUUGUUAAACAUGAACGAAUCCAUACUGGUGAGAAACCCUAUGAAUGUAAAGAAUGUGGGAAGGCUUUCAGUCGUGGCUACCACCUCACUCAACAUCAGAAAAUUCAUAUUGGUGUGAAAUCUUACAAAUGUAAGGAAUGUGGGAAGGCCUUUUUUUGGGGCUCAAGCCUUGCUAAACAUGAGAUAAUUCAUACAGGUGAGAAACCUUAUAAAUGUAAAGAAUGUGGGAAGGCCUUCAGUCGUGGUUAUCAACUUACUCAGCAUCAGAAAAUUCAUACUGGCAAGAAGCCUUAUGAAUGUAAAGUAUGUGGAAAGGCUUUUUGUUGGGGCUAUCAACUUACUCGACAUCAGGUAUUUCAUACUGGCAAGAAACCCUAUGAAUGUAAGGAAUGUGGGAAGACCUUUAAUUGUGGCUCAAGUCUUAUUCAACAUGAGAGAAUCCAUACUGGCGAGAAACCUUAUGGAUGUAAAGAAUGUGGGAAGGCCUUCAGUCGUGGCUAUCACCUCACUCAACAUCAGAAAAUCCAUACUGGUGAAAAACCUUUUGAAUGUAAGGAAUGUGGGAAGGCUUUUAGUUGGGGUUCAAGCCUUGUUAAACAUGAGAGAAUCCAUACUGGUGAGAAGUCCUAUGAAUGUAAAGAAUGUGGGAAGGCCUUUGGUAGUAGCUAUCAACUUACUCGACAUCAGAUAUUUCAUACUGGUGAGAAGCCCUAUGAAUGUAAGGAAUGUGGGAAGACCUUUAAUUGUGGCUCAAGUCUUGUUCAACAUGAGAGAAUCCAUACUGGCGAGAAACCUUAUGAAUGUAAAGAAUGUGGGAAGGCUUUCAGUCGUGGCUAUCACCUUACGCAACAUCAGAAAAUCCAUACUGGUGAGAAACCUUUUAAGUGUAAGGAAUGUGGGAAGGCCUUUAGUUGGGCUUCAAGCCUUGUUAAACAUGAGAGAAUCCAUACUGGUGAGAAGUCCUAUGAAUGUAAGCAAUGUGGGAAGGCCUUUGGUAGUGGCUAUCAACUUACUGUUCAUCAGAGAUUUCAUGCUGGUGAGAACCCUUAUCAAUGUAAGGAAUUUGGGAAGACCUUUGUUCAUGGCUCAAACCUUGUUCAACAUGAGAGAACUCAUAGUAAUGACAAACCUUAUGAAUAUAAAGAAUGUGGGGAAGCCUUUAUAUGGACAACUUAAAUGAGACAAUUGAUACUGAUGAAACUUUCUGAUUGAAGAGAUGUGAACACAUUUUUUAUGUGUACGAACAAUACAAGGAGAAUCUUACUCUUGAGAAAACUUAUAAAUGUAGCGAAUGUGUAAAACCCUUA